GAACACCGCGAACUUCGAGCGGCUCGGCCGCUGUUUGCUCUGGUUCUUCGGAAGCGAUCUCAUCGCCCCUGCCGGGGUCCGCUACACCCAGGACAUGCUGCAGUCGGACGAGCACUUCCGCAACUAUUGUCGCUAUGCCCUUGCUUUAGGCCAUCACAACGUCCUCUGGCGGUUACCUGAAAUCAAAGCGCCCGCUUUGGUGGUCACGG